AUGGCCGCCGACAUUCUCGAUCCGGGCCUCAUGCCACCCCCUCCCCCCGGGCCCAUCACCAUUCGACAAGCCCUCGACGACCUCCAAGUGACGCUCAACCAGAUCCGCCGUAAACUUCGCACCCUGAUCGACUGGUAUAUAUUUCCGGACGUGGUGCCGAACUCGAUCCAAGCCUACGACCCUCGCCUCCAGAUCCUCCAGACGCGCCUAAAAUCCCUCGCGACCAUCGACUUCCAGCGCCUGCCGUACCUGAUUGACGGCGCCGACGACCUCGCCUCGCAGUACCUCAACCAGAUCGUGGACCAGCUCCUCUCGUCUGUGCGCGGCAUCCAGACCAUCUUCGUCGAGCACUACGACCGUGACCUGCAGGAGCGCCGCCCGUUCGGGACUAUCUGGGAGACCCUGCUGUACCGCCAGGACCAGAUCAAGCAGUUGCCCAUCUUGUGCCCGAGUAUCCCCCGGCGCGCCGCCCCCGAGGACCUCCGGCCUGCGGAGCUGGGCAACUUCUGCCCGGGCGCGCUGGGGAUCAGCAACCAUCGCGACCGGGGCCGCAUCGCGUUCGUGGAGAAGAAGGAGCUCAACGACGAGAACCGGCGCAAGCUCAAGGCCUUUGGCGGCGCGUUUUUGAAUUGGCAGUGCGCCGAAUGCGCGUGCAAGGUGCGCUACCACGUUGCCAGCAGCACGAACUCCAACAUCCACAACACCGACGAGAUCCGCGACCACCCGGGCCUGGACGUCCAGUACCGCAGCUCCUUCUUGGCGAAGUGCCACCUGUACCUGCCGCCGUCGGAGAAAACGACCUCCAACUCGUUGUCCAUCAUCCCCACUUCGUCGUCGAACAACAGCCGUCGCGACAGCUACUCCAGCAUGGCCAAGUACGGCUGCGUCUUCUGCUUCGCGAUGGGGCUCGAGCUCGAGCGCAGCUUCACCGCCUUCGUCACCGUGCGCGAGUUCGCCGAGCACCUAGCCCACGAGCACAGGAGGCCGCUGCCGCCGAGCCUGCUGAUUCAUCGCUAUGCCGUGGCCGUGGACGGCAAGACGGUUGUUGGCGGUCGUUGGGACUUGAAUUUCUUGUGA